CAAUGUACCUAACAAGAUUUAGCGCGCUGCGGUCAGGCGUGUAAAGGAAAGAAUUUGGGUUGCGGGUUUUUCUAACUUGAGGGAUUUCACAUUUCAGUAAUGCUUUGCUUUUAAAACGGCGGUCGAAAAUGUUCUGAGAAACUAAUAAAUCUUGGCUGGGGCUUUAUUACUCAUCAUCAUCUUCCUAGUGGCGGCAGGUGGAGGGCUGGGGAGGAAAACUCUAGAAAUUUCUUCAGCCCUUUGGAAAGGCUAAUGAAAACCGAGAGCGUUUGGCUACCAUUGUGUUUCUCCCAUUUUCGUUUUUUUUUUUCAAAAAAACACUAGUAACCAUGUUUGGGAACUGGGGUGUUUUUUUGAGCUGCCCCUUCACAAAACACAGAAAAUCCACACUUUUUCCAAAACACCUAAAAGGUGUUUUCAACUUUCCGUCUCAUUUCCCCCAAAUCAAACCCCGAUCCCAUUUGAUCUCCCUCAACCCUAACUUCGUCGCCUCCGCUCCAAAUCGGCGCCGCUCCGACCCUCCAACGCCGCCUCCGACCCUCCGACGCAACUUCCGACCUCGCUGAAGCCUCCGACGAAACCUCCGACCUCGCUGAAGCCUCCGACCUCGCUGAAGCCUUCGACGCGACCUCCACUCCAAAUCGGCGCAGCUCCAACCAUCCGACGCCGCCUCCGACCCUCUGACACUUCCUCCGACAUCGCUGAAGCUUCCGACUCUCCGACGCCUCCAACACUUUCGAUCAAGGUAUGGAUGGUAAUACAGAUACAGAUGAUUAUCAACUAUCAUCACAAUCUGAUUCAGACUCUGAUUCAGAUGAGGAGCAAUUUCAAGUGUUAUUGACUAUUCAUGCAUUUAUGGAGAUUAAUGGAUCUUUUAUGGAGCAGCCUCGACCACAAAGGAUUUCAAAAUUAAGUGGGCAUGAUUGGGUGAUUGAGGUUCUAGGUACCCGGGUACUUGUUUUGACCUCUUCCGAAUGAAAAAAGAGGCAUUUAUUAACCUUUGUGAAGAGUUAAAGAGAAUUGGAAAAUUAAAACAUUCUAGAAACUUGACGAUUCAAGAACAAGUAGCAAUCUUUUUAUUUGUGCUUUCUCAUAGUGAACGCCAACGUAUGGCCGCAGAUCGUUUUCAGCAUUCACUAGAGACCAUCUCUACAUAUUUUAAGAAGGUCAUUUAUGCAAUUUGCUCUCUAACCAAAUAUGUGAUCGUUCCUCCAUCAUACGAUGCAACUCCACCAGAGAUAUCAUAUACCACAAAGUAUUAUCCUUAUUUCAAGAAUUGUGUAGGUGCUAUAGAUGGAACUCAUGUUUCAGCUUGUGUGCCGCAAGAUAGUCAAGUUCCAUAUCGUGGAAAGAAAAUUGUGCCGACAAUGAAUAUGAUGUGUGCUUGCUCUUUUGAUAUGCGGUUCACAUUUGUUAUGAGUGGAUGGGAAGGAAGUGCAAAUGAUUCAAGAAUUUUCUUAGAGUGCAUUAGCAAUCCCGCAAACAAAUUCCCUAUGCCCCCUGCAAGAAAGUAUUAUUUGGUUGACUCUGGAUAUACCAAUAUGCCGGGUUUUCUUUCACCGUACCGUGGAGAACGAUAUCAUUUGAAUGAUUAUCGAGGGCAAAAUCUUCCACCGCAAGGUACUAGAGAACUAUUCAAUUACUUGCAUUCGUCAUUAAGGAAUGUUAUAGAACGAUGCUUUGGGGUAUUGAAAAAAAGAUUUCCAGUUUUAAGAGAUAUGCCGUCAUAUAGUUUGAGAAAACAAAAAUAUAUAGCAUUAGCAUGUUGCGUUAUUCACAACGUGAUUAGAAUGCAUGAUUCUGGAGAUCCAUUAUUUGUCGAGUUUGAAAAUGAAGAUGUCGAGCUUUGA